AUGAUUGUUUUUCUAAUGCCAUCCACUCCCCCACACACAUACAAAAAGAAAGUUGAAACUGGUCUCAGAUGGGUCUGUAGGUUGAUCUCCAACACCAAUGGCCUGUUUGGAAUACGUGCUGAAGUCCGAGGCCUUCACCACCUUGACUACAAUAAGCCGGCUAUUGUUGUCGCAAAUCACCAAUCUUCCAUUGAUUUAUUCAGUAUGUUUUCGUUCGGCGUCUGGCCUAAGCGAUGUGUGUGCAUUGCGAAGAAGGAGCUUAUGUUCUCCGGACCAUUUGGUGCAAGCCUCUACCUGUGUGGGACUAUUUUUGUGGAUCGCCUUCACCCGGAUAAGGCCAGGAAUACCAUGGACCAGACAGUCCAACACAUCAAGGAUAAAAAUGUUAAAGUUUGGAUAUAUCCUGAAGGGACAAGAAAUCGAGAAACGGGUCUACUUCCUUUCAAGAAAGGAGCUUUCCAUCUUGCCAUCCAAGCUCAGGUUCCUGUUAUUCCAGUCGUGAUCUCAUCGUACUCUGAUUUCUACAGCCAAAGAGAAAAGCGAUUUGGAACCGGUAAGCAUUCUUUGGUACCUUGAAAAUGCAUUUCCUUCAUAGUUCCCUCUAGAAAUCUAAGAUCUUCAGGAACCGGGAUGUUGACAACUCCUAGAGUCAAAUGCCCAUUUGGUGAAAAAGCUUUUGCUGAAUGGACUCUCUUCAACAAUACGCAAUGUCAAGUCUAUUGAGUCAUUCAAUGCCAACGUUAAUGCAUCUAUUCUCAUCAUAUUUCAAAUAACACCCCCGCUCAUAUGUAAUAAUUCCCUCUGCACCUUGUAAUAGGAACUACUAGAGGAAAGGCCCUCUCUAAAUGCUAUAUACUGUGCGUAUCAAAAUGUUUACAAUUAGAAAUAAUCUUGUAAAAUUAUGUAUUUAUAAUAUCCUGAAUUUUUUUCCACAUUUUAAAAUUGAAACAGAUCUCUUUAAGCAAAUGAUUAUAAAACUCAAAAUAUCUUUCCGUUUGAGUGAGCACCACUUACUUUUGAAAAGUUCGUGAAAAAUGAUUUGCGCAGAACUCGGAAAUAGUUAUAUAUGAAUAAAAGUAGACAUUAAUCAUCAAGAUGGACAGUGCUCACUCAAGUGUAAUAUUUUGUCAAAAAUUUUACUUUCAGUUGAUAGAUGAGAUCCAAG